UUGGCCAGCUGUCCCUCACCACCUGGGGAGCACCCAGGCCCGUUUCCACCCAAAGGGACUGUGCUUGCCUCCGGCCCAGAGCUCAGGCUGCCCUCUUUGGUCUCUGCUGUCCAGCUACCUGGACUGCCAGCUUCUGCACCCUCCAGAAGACUCCAUGUUGCCUCCAUUCCCCAACAUGGUUGCUCCUGGUUGUCCCGCCGGUGGGGGGGGGGGGGGGGAGGGACCAUGAUGGGGAGCUGGGGAGCUCUCUGGAGCGCAGUGGGCCAGGGAGGUUGUUGUGGGGUCAGGGGCUCCCUCCUUCGUCCUGCUGUAGCUAAUCCUGGAGGCCUUGGGUGGGCUGGGAAGGCUCUGCCCUGUGGGCCAGCUCCCCAUUUCGGGUCUCAGCGGGUCUAUGACAGGAGCUCCUUACUGUGGCUUGUCCACAGGUAGUGGUGUCAACACCUCCUUGCUCUGUCCGUGUCCUUUAGAGUCCUCAUGGUUCUCCCAGGUUCCAGUGUCCCUCUGGCCACUGCCCCUCCAUCCCAAUCCCCUCAGUGCAGAUCAGGUUUUGGGCUAAGCCAGCUUCCCUGUUCAUAACCUCAGAGAAGCUGAGGAUAGCCCAGAUAUGGCUGGGAGGAGAGAGGCUUUGGUCCAGGCCAGUCCUGGCCAACCUUUGGGGGCUUACAUGUUGCCCUCCCUCAUGUUGGUCUGUGAAGUGUAGGCCCCCAACCACACUGUGGUCUUGCCCCCCAGGAGCCCACGGCCCAAGAGAGGCUGGCUUCAAGGGUACCCAAUGGACCACAGAUUUCGAUGCCCAAACCUGGGUUCUGCUCUUGCCUCUCUGGUGCACUUGCUGGGCAGCCUUGGGCAAGUCACUGCCCCCUUAGAAUCUGUCUUAUUUGUAAAACAAGCAUGAUGGAAUGAACAAUGCUUGGUGUACAGGGUUGUGGAGAGUAAAUGAGAGAUGAGCAUGAGAGAGAGGCAAGGCAGACCAGAGGACAGGUUGGGGUCUAUGCUUUAGUUAGGGAACAGAGGGAGGCUAUUGGCCUUGAGGUGGGGUGGGGGGCACCACAGGGGAUCACUGUUGACAGAGGGACAUGUGGAUUGGAGUUGGCUUGGAGGCAAGCACUUGGUUUCAGGGCAUCGCACCCUGCAAACAAGCAUCUAACGGCAUUCCUGAGCUACCUUACCCCAGUGAGCUGGAAUAGCCAUCCCAACCUUCUUGUGGCGUUUGUCUCGUCUGCUGCAACUCAAGCUGGGCACUGAAAGCUGUACACACGGGAAGCUAAGGGGAGGAUGACCAGAGGGAUGGCUAGGGCAUGAAGUAUAUGCUGAGAAGGAGUUUGGGGGUGUGUGUCAGGGGCUACUGAGGAGAUUGUCAGGUGCUGAGCAGGCAAAAGGAAUGAGUCUGAACCCCCAGGGAAGGAGCCUGGGCCCAGGGAAGCAUUGGCAGUCACAGAAGGGAGGGGUUACCUCAUGGUCUGGAGGUUGGAGGGAGUAGUUGGGUUGUGGUGCCUGAGGGCAGUAUCCUGGAGGUCUGGGCUGGGGUCAGAUGGGGAAGGGAAGGGAAGUGGGGGAUGGAUAGGAGCUUGGAGCUGGGAUGCAGACAGCACAGCACUCCCCGCCCCCCCCCCCGCCACUCCCCAAGAGACUGCUCAUCUUCUGGCCAAGGCCUGGGAGCUCUAGGUGGUAGGAAGGGGCCAUUUAGUGGCAAAGGUCCCCCAGCCCCCGCCUAUAGAAUCAUGAAAAGGACCCCUGUAUUGUGGAGUCCAUGGGAUCCUUCUGGGGAUGGGAAGGUCUGGGUGGAGGGGAAGACCAGCUGCCUCUCACUCCAGCCGGGGGCAGAUGGGAGCUGGGUGCUCCAGCUUUCCAGGACUCCCUCAGGCCCCUGAGCCUCACAGAGGCUGUUGUCUUUGCCUGGACUCUCUUCCCUCCCUGCUCCCUCACCUCUCUGUCCUCCAAGUCCAGCCCAAUCGGCCCCUCCUCUGGGAAACCAUCCACAGUGCUUUGGGCCCUCUUCUGCAGGACAGUCCUGUUUCAGAAGUUGCUGGGCAGGGGCUGGUGCCGCUCCCACUUCUGCUGCUGCUACACCCACCAGCCCAGCUAUCACUUGGGAGGAAAGGCUGCCUUAAUGCACCAGGGAGAGGCAGGCAGCACCACUCUGGUGCCUCUCCUAGUAUCUGGGCUGGUGGUCUCUGUCUGCCUAUCCAUCACAGGGGCAUUCACCUCUGGCUCCUCGGUGGACUUUGCAAAUUGUGGGGGUGGGGGGCGCCUCAUGGAACGAGGAGCAGUGGCAGAGCCGUGUGGCAUCUGGGCCAGCCCACAGGCCAUGCUGCAGUUGGUUUACCCUCUCCCUUCAGCCUCCAGGGCUGCAUCAUCAUGCCUUCAUCCCAGGGACCCCAGAAGUGGGUCUGCCUCCCUCCCAUCCUCCACUUUCUGGGCAGCUCCUGCCCUCCAACAGGCCAGCCUUCUCCCAGGGCCCCACCCCAGGCCCACUAGGGCCAUCUAGGAACCUCCCCGCCUCCCCUCACCCCCACCCCACAUCUCUUUCUGGCAUCAUAGUGCCUGUCAUGCUACCAUUAGAGGGUUCUUUUCAGGGAGGUGUGGGUGCUAUGCACUUCCCAGGGUGCUGUCUCACAGGGGCAUCGGUACAGAAGGGAAGACUCUGCUCAGGAUCUCAAGGAAUGUGGGAUGGAGCAGGAGUGGGAUCCCACCUGAGCUCCUUCCACCACAGAGUGGGCACCCAGCACCUUGUGUGUGGGGUGACCUCUUGGAGGGAGGCCAUCAGAUGCAGCAGCCAGUGAGAGGGUGAAUGGCCACCUCAGGCUGGGAAGAUGCAGUCUCUCCAGUACCUGGCCUGGACAUUCGGGGAUGGCAGACGAACUCUGGGCCCCCUGUGGGGAGAAAGGAGCUGUGGCAAGGUCCUGUGGCCCCAGGGGCUGGUGCUGUGGAGGCUGCUCUAGGGGGGCUAGACUCAGUGCAGGGAACUGGCUCUCCACCCAGCUGGUUCCUGCGCACAUCCUGCCCUCCCAGAGCUGAGAACAGCAGCCACAUGGAGGGCCUGUGGGAGAGGGGGUACCACUGGAUGCCUGCCUGAUACUUUGGGCCGAGCCCGCACCAUGUUCCUGAAGUUAUCCUGCAGGGAGGGAAGUGGGGAGGCAAGAGGCACCGGUGCUCCACGGCUUUCCUCCAGGCAGCACCGGAAGACACUGGUCCCACUCCAGUUGAUGGGGCUUGGUAGGUCCCAGGGCCCUGGGGUUCUGGGAGGCUUGUGCCCAGGCUUGGGCCACUCCAAACACCAGUCAUGACAGAGCUAGCGGAGGGCGUGUGGUUGGCAGCAGGAGCUAAGCUGCCUGUCUAGCUAUUUCUUCUUUCCUUGUUGCUCUCUGCACGCUCACUGAGCUCCCAUUAGACAGAUGUCCAUACUUCUUUCUCAAUUUACCUUCUGUGUCUCUCAACUGUAUCUCCUGCUGGGCUUCGUGUCUUUGUGAAGUUCCUGUGAUAAUACCUCAGGGCUGAUCAUUCCUCAGAUCCCCAGUUGUCUCUUCAAUUGUGUACAUGCUUGAAGUGCAUCGUGUUGAUGGUGUUCUCUUUCUCAUUCCCUUGACUUUUCAUUUUGGGGACCUUAUAUUCUUUCUUGCUCAUAUUCAUUCACCUGUUCUUGUUUCUCUUUUGCCAGUCAAGCCAUAAGUUCUCCUUCUUGUUUAUGGGUGCUAUUCCUUUUUUCAUCUCUUUGAAGACCCUAAAUGUCUUUGAAAAACAUUAUUAGAUUAUGACCUUCAUCUCUUUCAGAAUGAAUGAAACUCCAUAUUCAGGGUGCUGCUGCUUUAUCUUUCUUAGCUUGAGCUUUUCUCCUGUGCUUUCAAAUUGUGGCUUACAGGGUCAUCUUAAGUGGGAAUGGAGGCCCUGGAGACAGGGAGUGACCUGCACACUAAGGCAGCAGCUGGCUCUCAGCACACUCUCCUGGGACAGUUCCUCCUUCCAGGUCCCCUGCUGUAGGCUCAGGACCUUGCUAAGGCCAGGCUCAGUAGCACGUGGCACAGAGCUCCCUGUGAUCCAGCAGUUGGGAUGCUGCAUGGCACAGGGUAGGCAUUUGUAUAACAUUUGCUAUGAGGAAGUAGUGGAAGAGACACAGGUUAGGAUUCUGGAGCCCAGGAAUGGGCCAAGCAUGGUUAUGCCAGGUCUGAGUCCCUACACUUGGCUUAGUUUAUUGCCCUUAGCAGCACCCAGGAGCAGAGGUGCAGGGUCCUGCCUGGAAGGCAGGCUCUGGGGUGUACAGCCACCAUCUGGGCAUGUGUACAGAAAGCCUCACUAGUCUGACUUACAAGGAGCCAGAAGUGGGCCAGGAAAUAUGUGGGUUUUGAUUAAAUGGAGUUUUAAUUAAAAUGGCCAGGUUGGUGGGGAUAAGAAGGAAGGCCAGAAGAAGCAGCAGUUUUGAGUCUGACUCCUGGGAAUCCUGGGAGCUGUCCUUUCAAGGCUUAUCACGCACAUUCCCCAACAUGUGUCUCUAGUUUAUAUGGGACAGCUUCUGCCCUCUGCCCUGUCCCCAAAGAAGGAUAAUCACAGGGAAAUAUUACAUUAUUAACAUUUAAUUUCCCCUCCUGGCUAGCAACAGAUGACUCAAGAAUUAAUUAGAGUCAGCAGAGAGGGAUAGGAAAUUGUCAGAUCCUGGCUCCGCCCCUGGCCCCCUCCCCUUGGGCCUCCAACCUUCCUGUCACUCUAGGAGGCCUCAGAAGGGAGGGAAGCAGAGAGGGGCCAGCAUGCCCCAAGAAAUCUUCCUGCUUCUGUGUUUAUUAUGGGCAUUUCCCUCCGCUCUAUUUCACCCUUUUAUGCUCUUGGUAUCUGUAAGACUGGGAGAGGUUGUUAAUCUCUUUGGGACUUAGCUUCCUCGUCUGUAAAAUGGGGCUCAUGGGGCCAGUGAGAACACAGAUGACCGCAAUGUCCCUGUGCCCUCACAUCAUGAGCUCCCAAGCAGGCUGCACAAGCUAAGAAGGUCUGCGUAGAGUCUCAGCAUCCAGGGAGAGCGCAGGGUGUGGUGGCUUAGUGGCGGCUGGAACCUAGUGGCAUAGGGUCUCUCCAGUUGUGUUAAUUGCCAUUUCCUGUCAGUGAUACAUACGUGAUACUAACGUAGCUUGAAAUUGGCCAUAUGGGGAGCAUUUAUACCAUGAACGUCUGGCAAAGGCCACAAGUUAGGAUGCCCCCACCUCCCAGACUGAUUUGCCCACCUAUGGCUGGGAAGCUCCCAACCUUCCCACAAAAUAGCUCCAGUAGGAGGCUGUGCAGCCUUCUCCCUGCCUUGUCUGCCCCCUGGUGCCUUGAGCUCCACUGAUGAGGGCAGUGAGAGUUGAGAGCAGCAGCUAAGCUGCUUGGGGCCAGCACUCUGGUUUGACAGAUGCCCAGGUUUCCUGUGGGGCCGGGCCAGUCUCACCCCAGGAUGUGCUGGCAGCAGCUAGAAGAGCCUGCAGAAAUGCUGUAGGAAGGGCAGAUGGGCAACUAGAAGUGCAAGGAGGCAGCCUUUUAGGACUCAGGGGCAUUAGGUGUGCCUUUAGCCCCUUGCAAGACUGAUGUGGGUAGGAGGAUCGGUGACCACUAAGAUCCAUUGCAUCCAGUGAGAUUGGGAAGGUGCCCCAGGCAUGGUGGGCAGUAGAAAGGUAGCUUCAGUUUAGUCAGGAAGAGUGUUGGUCCCAGGUGCUGUUCAACAUGAGGGCCCAUGGCACAGAGGGUGGUGGUAGGGAGACCCUGAGGACUGGGCAUAUGUAGGCAGGUACCCAGGGCUGCCAAGAGAGCCUCACCUAACAGAGGGCUGGGUUAGGCCCCUUGAAGGUCCUUCCACUCCAGGCAGCCUGGCUCAUGGAGGCAGCCUGGCAUCCAGGACGGGUGCUGGUGGUGUGACCCCAUCAGUAGGGCUCAGGGCAUUGGGGCAGGACAGCCUGGCUCCACAGAAAUGUGAUACGUAUUUGGGUUAGGUGGAUUGUUGGUGAUCCCACCUCAUCUUCCCCCAGGCCAGGUGCCCUCUGAAUCUGGACAGUGGUCUGGGGCCAAGUCAUGCUUCUAGCCUGGGUUGGUCUGAUUGGCAGAGGCUGUGGUGCCUCUGAAUGCAAAUUCCCCUGGAGAGGUUGAAGUCUGGGUAAGAAGGGUGGCAGGUGAUGGUUAGGCGGCUAGGAGAGCAGGCGGCUCACUGGUAGGAGGAGGUAGGGUUCCCUAAGGCUCCCUUGGCCUGGACAGUGGCCUGCUGCUAGUGCUGGGCCUGGGAGGCCCCUAGGAGGGAAAUAGUUUGGGGCCUGUCACUUCCCUUCUGGAGAAUAAAAACAAGACCCUAGACACACGGCUUCUGCAGCUGGGGGCGGGGGAGGGGGGGACCCUGGUGAAUGCUGUCUUAGGCUAUAGGCCAGGAGCACCAAGGGACACUCUGUGGCCAGGGAUAGCACCAGGAGACUUGGUCUGAUCCUCCUCUGCCAGUGACAUGCUUUAUGAGCAGCUGGCUGGCAAGUACCCUGUGUAUAGCAGGGCCCUGAGAUUCAUUCAUGGUCUCUUGGUGGUGGGCCCCUGCCAGGCCUGAGAGAAGCCAUUGGGCUGGCUGCAAGAACCCCCCCAUUUUUCAAGCACUUUGCCUCCUCUUCUCUGUCCUGCUUCCUGGUGUUGCGUGCUCCAUUGGAGCCUCCUAGUGGGCAUAGGGAAUACCCCUUGGAUAUAGUUCCAGCCGCCUGAAGCACACAGGAGUCAGAAGGAAACUUGGUGUUCAUCUGUUGCAGCCUGGCCCCUUGAACAUGGCCAGGGACCACGAGUGACCUUCUCCCAAGAUCACCAGCCCUGCUCUAUCCCUUGUGUCCUGGAGGAGUGAAGGAGGAUGCAGUUUCCUGAGCCCAAGUGUGGGAAGCUGAAGGGCAGCUUUGGGCCUCUUGUCUCCAUGCAGGCAGCAGUUGCCGCCCAUAUGCACCUAGGGCCCCGUGAAGGCCCAGGACAGGAGGAGUAGGUUGAUUUGGCAUGAGGGGACACCACUGGGCAGCACAUGUGAGCAUGAUAAGGUGGGGGCAGAGGCCCCUAGGCUGGUAGGGGAUAUGGAGACCAUUUCACAAGCUCAAGGGUGAACACCAGGGGUUUGGGCUGGGGGAAACCAAGACCUCUACUUCUGCUUGUGCUUCUCAGGAGGGUCAGCAAUUCCUUACAUUUCUAGGACAUUUUCACUCUGGGGGAGCCCUUUAAGAUCUGUUUAUUUCCUUCUCAUAGAAUCAUGAGUGAGAGCUGAAAUGACCCCCAGAGGCUAUCUGGGGUCCAAUCUCCUCACUGUAUCAAUGAGGAAACUGAGGCCUAGAAAAGAAAAAAACAUCCUUGCCUGCAGUUCCCCAGGAAGUCCUGGCUGAGCACCCUGCCUUCUGCACAGCACCAAACUGAAUUCAGUCUGUCCUGGCAUCAGCCAGGCAGAGGAGCAGCAUCACCAGCAAGGGCAGGGGGGCUUAGCUGCCAGCAGUGGAAGACAGGACAAGAUGGACCACCCAGGUCCUUCCAGAUUGGAACUCUAGGCCUGCUCCUUAACCUAGCAGCUUAGGCAGGUGCUGGUAGUUCCCAGGAAGAGCUCUUGGGGGAUGGAGCAGACUGAAGCUGGCUGAGAGAGAAGGUGCCUCGGGGACUGUGAAGCCGAGCUGAGCCAAGAUGCUGCCGGAGCCCCUGAAGAGGGUCUGGUUUCUGGAGACUCAGAGUUGGCUCUGAAACAGCCCUUGGGGAGCCCCCCCCCUCCCCCGCUUGCCUGCAGGGACGCUCUUGGCUCCUGUGAAGAAGGGGCUCAGGGGCCUGGGCAGGGCCAGCUGCACUGCAGCUAUGGACCGUGAGCUGGCCUGGCCCGCGUCCUUGCUGACCCUGCCUGUCUGCGGCCAUGCCCACCAUGGGCUCCUGGGUGUACAUCAUGGUGGAGCUGGCAAUUGCUGUGCUGGCCAUCCUGGGCAAUGUGCUGGUGUGCUGGGCUGUGUGGCUGAACAGCAACCUACAGAACGUCACCAACUACUUUGUGGUGUCACUGGCGGCAGCCGACAUUGCUGUGGGAGUCCUCGCUAUCCCCUUCGCCAUCACCAUCAGCACAGGGUUCUGUGCUGCCUGCCAUAAUUGCCUCUUCUUCGCCUGCUUUGUCCUGGUCCUCACACAGAGCUCCAUCUUCAGCCUCCUGGCCAUCGCCAUUGACCGCUACAUCGCCAUCCGCAUCCCACUCCGGUACAAUGGCUUGGUGACUGGCACAAGGGCCAAAGGCAUCAUUGCAGUCUGCUGGGUGCUGUCAUUUGCCAUUGGCUUGACUCCCAUGUUGGGCUGGAACAACUGCAGCCAGCCGAAGGAGGGCAAAAACCACUCACAGGGCUGUGGGGAGGGCCAGGUAGCCUGUCUCUUCGAGGAUGUGGUUCCCAUGAACUACAUGGUGUACUACAACUUCUUUGCUUGUGUCCUGGUGCCCCUGCUGCUCAUGCUGGGUGUCUACUUGCGGAUCUUCCUGGCUGCUCGGCGACAGCUGAAGCAGAUGGAGAGCCAGCCUCUGCCGGGGGAGCGGACUCGGUCCACGCUGCAGAAGGAGGUCCAUGCUGCCAAGUCGCUGGCCAUCAUUGUGGGGCUCUUUGCCCUCUGCUGGCUUCCCCUGCACAUCAUCAACUGCUUUACCUUCUUCUGCCCAGAGUGUAACCAUGCCCCGCUCUGGCUCAUGUACCUGACCAUCAUCCUCUCCCACACCAAUUCCGUUGUGAAUCCCUUCAUCUAUGCCUACCGCAUCCGUGAGUUCCGCCAGACCUUCCGCAAGAUCAUUCGCAGCCAUAUCCUGAGGCGACGGGAGCCCUUCAAGGCAGGCGGCACCAGUGCCCGGGCCUUGGCAGCUCAUGGCAGUGAUGGAGAGCAGAUCAGCCUUCGCCUCAAUGGUCAUCCUCCUGGGGUGUGGGCCAAUGGCAGUGCCCCCCAUCCUGAGCGGCGGCCCAAUGGCUAUGCCCUGGGGUUGGUGAGUGGAGGGAGUGCCCACGAGUCCCAUGGGGACAUGGCCCUCCCAGAUGUGGAGCUCCUCAGCCAUGAGCUCAAGGGAGCAUGCCCAGAGUCCCCUGGCUUUGAGGGACCCCUGGCCCAGGAUGGAGCAGGAGUGUCCUGAUGAUCCACUGAGUUUGCCCUUUCCUCCAGGAAGGAAAUCUUUCUCUUUGGUGGAUGGAACCAGUCACGUUGGGAGAAGAAUGAAUGUGCCUGGAGACCCUUCUUGUGGCCAGUUCCUACUUUGGACUGAGAGGAGAGUACCCUGGCUGGAGCAGCAUGAGGCCCAGCAGGAAGGGUUUGGAGUCCGAGGAAGCAGACAUUUCAUGUUGGGAGGCCCUGCAUCAGGUCAGGGCCACGGCAUCAGAACAUCUUGGCUGGGCAGGGCCCAGUACCCCACUCAAAGCAUCUAGAAAUACCACCCUAACUUCACAGAGCAGCUGUGGCAGAGCAGGCUGGCUAGCCCUAAGGCUGGGGGUGGCUCCGACAGACCCCCCUAAUCACAUACACACCACCCUCCCGAGACUUUCCUAGGGUUCAGGAGCUGCUGUGCCCAGAGGUGGCGUGUUUUUGUUUUUGUUUUUUCCAGGAGAAAAUGUUAAACCUGAAGAAAUCCCCCUUUUUUUUUUUUUUUUAAAUCAUCUUCCUUCCCUGGUUGCUGGGUCUGUUGUUGGUCUUGCUGCUAACCUGGCCUCAGAGGUCAGCCCAGGGAGUCCCAGGCAGCUCUCACUGGCUGCCAUGAGCUGCAAUGCACUUCUUACCCCAUCAGUCCCAGGGCCAUUUCUUAAGGCCACAGAGCUGGGCUCAAGGACAGGGAGUUGUAAUGGAAUGGUGUCAGACUGUGGGCUUAAGGGAGGAGGUGGGGACUGGCCCACCAUGGGGUGUGCCUGGGUAGCUCAGAGCUGCCCAGUUAGAGGCCCUAUCUAACUGCCUUUCCUUCUGAAGGGAAUGUUUUUUUCUGAGAUAAAAUAAAAAUGAGCCAUGUUGUGUUUUAAACUUG